AUGAAUAAGUUGGGGAACGAAGCGAGCACGAGCAGAAGACCCUGGGAGGACUUGAGUGAUUCGGUUCCCGCGCCUUCACCGUACAAUUACUCAGAGUAUGAUCGGGUGCCGCCGAAUGGUACCGUCGUACACUGCGAACCCCGCCGAAAACAGCGUCGGUACCGAACAACCUUCUCUGCGCAACAACUCGACGAGCUUGAGAAAGCAUUCAGUGUGUCACAUUACCCGGAUGUUUUCACCAGGGAAGAGUUAGCCGUUAAAACAGACCUUACGGAAGCGAGAGUCCAGGUUUGGUUCCAGAAUCGGCGAGCGAAAUGGCGGAAACAAGAACGAGUGGAAAACCCACCAUCUUACGGAUUACCCGCUCAUCAGCCGUCGGUUUCGGCGCAGGCAGCCUUCGCGGCGAUGAAUAAUAAGCGUCAACAGUCGAUGGCGGCCGCUCCUUUUGCCGUGAAUCCUUUCAUGACUCCUUUCGGAACUUCGUUCACCCCGUUCGUGAACCCAUUGAAUAUUUACGCCUCGCAAGCGGCGCAUUGGCUCCACGCUGAGAUGAACGGUCUCCAGGAUGUCGUUGCCACACGUACAGCUCCAAGCGUCGAGAUGCCGCUAGAAACCGUCGAGAACAACAAGUAG